AUGACUGGAGAAGACCCACAAUAUGAAGACAUCUUGAAUAACUUAACGAGCGCCAUGACCCCACAUAGUCUUGCGACUGGAGGUGGAGGUUUUUUAGGAGGAUAUGGAAUGGUUAGUACACCACUUCCUACAAGUGUUUCUACACCUUUACCACCAUCGACACCAGUGCCAGGUACACCAAUGAUGGCACAUUCAUCCUAUUCUUCUCCUUAUACACCAAUUCCUGUACAAACACCAAUGCCGACAUCAACACCUCUUCCCUACGGAACACCUUUACCUUAUGGUAUGAAUACAUCAAGAGAAAUGGGACCUCCAACAACAUCAACACCAAUGCCUAAUCAAUAUGCCUCUACACCUAGUAAUCAAGUCCCUGAAUUGGACAGUGGAGGUAUUAUUCCAGUUAUUCAAAAUGUUGUUUCUACGGUAAAUCUUGCUUGCGAAUUGAAAUUAAAGAUGAUUGCUUUGCACGCAAGAAAUGCUGAAUAUAAUCCUAAACGUUUUGCUGCUGUGAUUAUGCGUAUUCGUGAACCAAAAACUACAGCUCUGAUUUUCCAAAGUGGUAAAAUGGUUGUGACCGGUGCUAAAUCUGAGGAAGAAUCUAGAUUAGCUGCUAGAAAGUAUGCUCGUAUUAUUCAAAAAUUGGGUUUUAAUGCUAAAUUUACAGAAUUUAAAAUUCAAAAUAUUGUCGGAAGUUGUGAUGUUGGAUUUCCAGUUCGUCUUGAAGGUUUGAACUGUCAACAUCACAGUUAUGCAAGUUACGAACCUGAAAUUUUCCCUGGUCUCAUUUACAGAAUGGUUGACCCAAAGGUUGUCUUGUUGAUCUUCGUUUCAGGAAAGAUUGUUCUUACUGGUGCCAAACAUAGAGAUACUAUUUAUCAAGCUUUCCAAAAUAUUUAUCCUGUUUUGAGAGAUUUCAAGAAGGAAGAUAAUGUACAACCAAUAGCAGAGGAACAAUAAAUGUUGCUGCUCUGAUUGGCGCACAAAUCAAUACUAACUUGUUGAAUAUC